AUGUUGGUUAACGGUGAUCGUCUGCCGAUGCAGUGCCCCGUCGUCGGGAGUUACGAAGAGACCGGAUGGAGUGUGCAGUGUCCGAUGGCUUACCAGUGGUCUAAACCACCAAUGAAUGAUGUUUGCGAUUAUGGUGUUCCCAAUAGUGAUCCUUAUUUAGGAUUCUCAAUGCCGUGUUAUAAUAGCAAUUAUUAUGUGUGUGAUAACCCUUCCCCGCAAUACUACGGUAAUAGGAUGUACCCCCAGGUAGGGUACGGUCCAGUAACUCUAAAUUUACCAUGUCAUGGACAAGAGUGGGACUACAAUUCCAUGUGUUACGAUGUCAAUGGGCAACCGUGUCAAUACACUAAUGUCGUGGAUUUGGAAGACUUCAUGAAUAAUGAGAAGCGGAAGGAAAAGUCCCGAGUGGCGGCCCGCUGCCGCCGCACAAAGGAGAUGCAAAUCUUUGCGGAACUGACCGCCGCGCUACCCGCCAAAAAGGAAGAGGUGGAACAGUUGGACAAGGCAUCCGUUAUGCGCCUGGCCAUCUCAUACCUGCGCGUGCGGGAUGUCGUUUCCAUGUUACCCGAGGCUGAUGUUAAACCGUCGAACAUUAAGAGCCCCAAAGGACUUGAAGAAGUACAGUCAGAACUAUCCUAUAUGAAGGCGCUUGACGGCUUCGUGCUAGUGUUGUCUCAGCAAGGCGACAUCGUCUACUGCAGCGAGAACAUCGCAGAACAUCUUGGUGUUUCUCAGAUGGAGAUAAUGGGUCAGAGCGUAUUCGAGUUCAGCCAUCCGUGCGACCACGACGAGAUCCGUGAGGCGUUACGGACAAACUCGACCGGUCGCCGUGAUCUUUUGUUGCGUCUGAAGUGCACGCUCACCAGCAAAGGGAGGAAUGUGCAUCUCAAGUCCGCCUCCUACAAGGUUAUACAUGUAACUGGUCAUAUGCUGGCAACAUCCGAAGGUAGAAAUGAGAACGAACCAGAGAACAACAACAAUGAAGCAGACGAUAAGAAGAUGGAGGGUGAAGUGGCUAAGAUAACAAACAAAACCGGAGCUCUUGUGGCUGUGGGACGGCCCAUUCCGCAUCCAUCCAAUAUAGAAAUCCCCCUCGAUAGCAAGACCUUCUUAUCCAAACACAGCUUGGAUAUGAAAUUCACUUACACCGAUGAAGGUUUAAUGAAUACCCUGGGAUUCGAGCCUGACGAGUUGGUGGGCCGUUCUGUUUACGACUACCAUCACGCGGCCGACAGCGCUGCCUUAGUUCAACAGUUUAAGUCACUUUUCUCCAAAGGACAAUGCGAGACCGGGCAGUAUCGCUUCCUGGCAAAGUCUGGCGGUUUCGCCUGGGUCGAGACCCAAGCGACCGUAAUCACCGACAAGCAACAAAAGCCUAUCAGCGUCGUCUGCGUCAACUACGUAAUCAGCGGUAUCGAGUGCAAAGAUGAGGUGUUCGCUGCACACCAAUUGCAGCAUGCAGACUUGAAACCCGUCGUGGCACCGACCAUACAACAGACAACACCUGUACCAAUCUGCCAACCGGCUACAGAGGCAGGAAACGGCGCCAUAGUAGCCGCGAUUCUCCCCGAAGAGGAGCGUCCUAUACCUGUUACGGAACUGAUAUUCGCACCGCGAAAGAAAGAAAUGAACAAAGGCUUUCUCAUGUUCUCCCAAGACGAGGGACUUACAAUGCUUAAGGACGAGCCGGAAGACCUUACACAUUUGGCUCCAACAGCCGGUGACGCAUGUAUUCCUCUAGAGAACAGUCCUUUUGAUAUGUUCGAUGAAUUCAUUUUGAACGACAACUACUGCAGCUUACUCGGUGAUGAUUUGGCGAGUGGGUCGCCAGUUGAUUCUUUGGCUGCCGACUCCUUAUUGUCUUCGCCUGAUCCUCAAGAGACUGAAUCAUCAUGUGAACAGUCGUCCCUAUUAACAGAAUUGACACUAGAUGCGUUCGACAGCGGCAGAUCGGAUAAUGAUAUCGACGAUGGAAAUUCCCCGUUCAUCCCCAUUAACGAUGAACUCCCAGUCCUGGAAUCUGCUGUUAUGUGGGGCGCAUUACCCGAUAGUGUCAGCCUUGCAAGGCCACAACCUACCGAGCCGCAGGUCGUUUCAUCGGCGCCUGCGCUUCAACGUUUGCUCGCAGCGGCACCCACGGGUCCGCCACCACAGGAUCUCAUUACAAAUAUAUACUCAGACCAAGGUCUAAUUGCAAACAGGAGCGUUUCAACAUGGGAUACGGGUGUCAAGAGAGUGAUGAAGCAGGAGGAGGAGCCAGCCGCAAAGCGUGUGAAACGCAGCCCGUCACCGGUGCCGGUGGACUCAAAGCCAACCACACAGUCUUCAAGCGUCCUCAUGAACCUCCUGGACUUACCGCAGCAAAUGCCACGGCAGAUCAAUCCCAAAAAUCCCCAAAACUAUCAACAUGUAGUUAUGAACGGACAGCGACUACCUCCCCUUGGUACCAUUAAUGGGAACAGUAUUCCUGUUCCUGUAAUAAAUAUUAUACAAUCAACACCAAAUAAACAGAUGCGCUCUAACACACCGUUACCCAAUGGCACUAUAAUAUGCAACGCUAAUAGUAAUCCUAUGUCCCCACUUAGCCUCAAUAUAAGUUCCCCGAUGUAUUCGUUAUCUCCAAGCCCAAACACUUCCAGCUACAAUAGUCCUGCUAUGAGCCCGGUUCAGAGGGACCAUACGCUAAGUGCUUAUUCCACGCCCGAAUCGCUAUCGCCCAUAGGUAAAUUUAGUCAAGAUUAUAGCCCCAAGAACAGACUACUAUCACCGGUCUGCAUGCUGCAAGGUUACGACCCCUAUUUGAACAACAAAAUGCUAGCGAGUCCCAGUUACCCGCUUCAACAGACAGACAUGCUUUUGGACUCGAAUAUGUCUUUGUCGUCCACCGACUUUUGGGGCGAAACCGAAGUAAUGCAAGACACUAAUGACUUGCUUACCGCACUCGAUGACGUAAAAUUAGUGUAG